UGCUGUGGCUCAGUGUUGCUCUCCUCUUUCAUACGUAGUAGCUGAUUUGUUGAGUUCCUUGUUUGAGUUCUGGACGGCAUAAAGCAGAGGGAAUACGAUGCGAGGCCAACGCUGGACGGACCCUCGCUUGGAUUCUUCAAGCACCCAACUUAUUCAAAGAGCCACAAAGAGGAAAUGGUAACAGAGAGAAACAGAGAGAAGAGGAUCAGUGCCUCCUGAGAAGUGAACUGUCUUUCAGGGUAAUGAGCAAUGUGUGAACUUGUUAACUAGGCCUAUUCUCUUUGACCUUAAUUUAAACUGCGGAUUAGCCAUCUCAUCAGAGUUCUUGGUGAAAAGCCAAGGCUUGUUUUGCCUCGAGCAAAAACUCAAAAGAAGGAUUGGGAAGGAAACUAGCUGCUCAUUCCCUCGGAGAAAGCUUUUUGCAUAUUUCCUUUGGCAAGGAACUCGAAGCGAUUAAAAAGCUAAUUUAUUUGGACCGACUUCAAGAAAAGAAAAACACACCGCAUUUACAUUUAUUGCAGUAAUGGAUUUGGAUCAGUUCUAUAGCUCAGCCCAGGAGCAUGCUGUUUAUCUACCUGAAUUCAGCUCAUCAAAGGAUCCAAGACUGUAUUGAUAAUCUCCGUCUUCUCAGGCAAUGGAGCUCCGUAAGAGAGUUAAGCUGAGUAAGCUACAACAUAAUGAUGGGGAUGAGAAAGACGCACCGGCUGAAGGGAGAUGCGGCGGUAACGUGACGCGGGGGACGGAAAGGUCCAACGCCACACAGGAGGGUACGGGGGAGAUUUCUCCGCUCAGAGGAUCCGGCGCUUGUUCCGGUUCAGGCAUUCUACCCCGGUGGCCUUGGCGACAGUGCGUUUCCAUGGCAGCCGGGCUGUUAUUAGCCGGGCUGCUGGCACUGACUCAGGCCUGGUGCGUCAACGCCAUACACGAGAAUCUGCUGUGGUUCUCUCAGCUCACGGAAGUGGAGCGGGAGAUCUCCUUUCGGACGGAGUGUGGACUGUACUACUCCUACUACAAGCAGAUGUUGCAGGCCCCGUCCAUACAGGAAGGGCUCUCAGAGUUGAUCCAUGACAACUUGACAGAAUCCAAGAGGACCAUUAAUCUCCUGCAGCGAAUGAAUAUCUACCAAGAGGUCUUUCUCAGUGUUCUCUACAGAUUGUUGCCCAUACAGUCUUAUCUGGAGCCAGUUUAUUUCUACAUUUACACAGUGUUCUCACUCCAAGCUGUGUACGUGAUCGCUCUGUACCUAACAGCGUGGCUCCUGUCGGGUUCCUGGCUGGCUGGCACGCUCACAGGGAUCUGGUACAUCCUCAACAGGGUAGAUACCACUCGCGUGGAGUUCACCAUCUCUCUCAGAGAGAACUGGUCUUUGCCCUUCCUAGCGCUGCAGGUCGCCGCUAUCACCUGUUACCUCAGGCCUCAGCUCAGCGCUUUACAGCAGAAGGUGAUGGUGUGGUUGAUGUACGUGACGACGUUCUGUUUCUGUCUGACGUGGCAGUUCAACCAGUUCAUCCUGCUUGUUCAGGCUCUCAUCAUAUACACCCUGGACUGUGUCGACUUCUUAACAACUACACAGGUGACCACUCUGUACCUUGUUCAAGUGAGCAGUCUGCUGAGCGUGUGGCUCCUCCAGUUCUGUAACUCCAUGAUACUGGGAUCACUGGUCCUGAGCUUCAUCGUAGCCGCGCUCUUCAUCAGACACUGCCAGUCCGGUCUGAAGACGGGAAGCCUGCUGGUUCGUCUGGGCAAGCUGCUUCUCCACAGCGCCAUGGUUCUCCUCCUCACCUUCACCAUCAACUAUCUGGCCAAGAAAGCACUUCAACUCAGAUCAGACGAACACAUCUUUAAAUUCAUCAAGUCAAAGUUUGCCUUGGGGCCGACGAGGGAUUUCGAUGCCAGUCUGUAUCUGUGUGAGGAGGCCUUCGGCCUGCUGCCCCUCGACACACUGGAGCGCCUGGCUGGUACCCUGCUGCUGUACCCCUACGCCCUCACCCUGCUGCUGCUCAGCGGCAUGCUGGCAGUGGCUGCACUACAGAACCUGAGCAGGCCUAAAGGAGGUUCAUCUGAGGAGAGGAAAGGAGCCGGAGACGGGCGAGCGGCGGCUUUUCGCCCGGAUGUGGCCUAUAAUUUGUUGCAUACACUGUUCUACGGCCUCCUGGCUUUCAGCACUAUGAGGAUGAAGUAUAUAUGGACGGGCCAUAUGUGUGCAGUAGCAGCCUAUGGUGUGUGUGGGAAGGAGUUGUGGACUCUGCUUCUCAGCACCCUCAGCUGCAACAGUAAAGUUCUGUUAAGGCUUGUCAGAUACGCAGUUCCACUGUUGAUGAUCGGUUGCCUGUAUUACAAGUUCUGGCCUAAGCUGAUGGAGGAGUUAUCAGAACUGAGGGAGUUUUAUGAUCCAGACACCGUGGAGCUCAUGACCUGGAUUAGCACAAAGACCCCUAAGCGGGCUGUAUUUGCAGGCAGCAUGCAGCUGCUGGCUGGCAUCAAGCUGUGCACAGGCAGAGUUCUCACCAACCACCCGCAUUACGAAGAUAAAGACCUGCGGGAGAGGACCAAACAGGUGUAUCAGGUGUACGCUCGCCAGUCUCCGGAGGAAGUCUAUGACAUCAUGAAGGCCAUCGGGGCCGACUAUGUGGUGUUGGAAAACAGCAUCUGUUACGAGCGGAGGCACAGGCGAGGCUGCAGACUGCGGGACCUGCUCGACCUGGCCAACGGACAUAUCAUGGAUGGACCGGGAGAGAAUGACCCAGACCUCGUCCCCGCCUCCCACCCUCGAUUUUGUGAGUCCAUCAAGACGGAAACGGCGGCUUACACCGCUCUGUUCACCAGAACAUUCCAGAACAAAACCUUCCAUGUGUACCGGGUCAAGAAGAAACGCAAGAAAGGCACCAAGAGCUCAUCAGAGCCCGGCGCGACUCAGUAGCAGGAUCAGGGUUUGCGAGAAAAACCCCCAUCAGAGGCCAGAGGGGAAAGAGACGGAGGAGAAGAAGAGAUAAAAGCACUGAAUCCUCGCUGUUCCUCUGUCUCCUCUCUGCACUGUGCCCAGCUGUGAUCAUGCCCAUUAUUUUUUGAACACACGGCUCUGUGAACUGUGGUGUUAGAGCAGUGUGCCGGUUCAAGCUUGGGGCUGCAUUGUUUUAGUUAGUGGAGUGUGGAAGCACCUAUAGGAGCCCUGCUUUGGGCUGUUCUGUCUCCAUCCGCCCACCCCGCCCAUCUCCCAGCUCUCACUGGUGCAGAUGAACAAACACAAGAAACAACUAUUAGGCCUGUAAGCAGGGUCUGGGACACCACGAGCAGCUACUAAUCAUUUAGUUUCAUUUGAAGUAGUCAUUUCUGCACAGCAUCAUGAAAUGAAUUAAAUACUAUUCAUUGCUACUUAUAAAUUAUUCUUUUCUCUCAUAGAGGGUAGACUGUCAAAUCUAGAU